CAAACAAACACAAUUAGUCAGGUACGUAGGAGGCCUUGGUGUUGGUCCUCUCAGUCCCAGUCCCAGUCCCAGGAAGGCACACGUACGGUUAGCAGCAUGGUGGGCGUGCUGCUGCUCUUCCUCCUCAUGCCGGCGUCGGCGACGGCGAUCGGGAUCACCUGCGGCAGCGGCCGGAACUACACGGCCAACACCACCUUCCAGUCCAGCCUCGCCGCGCUCGCGGCCACCCUCCCCACCAACGCCUCCUCCUCCCCGCAGCUCUUCGCCACCGCCACCGCCGGCGUGGUGCGCGCGCUCGCGCUCUGCCGCCGCGACACCCUCAACACCACCGCGUGCACAGACUGCCUCGCCUCCUCCUUCAAGUACGCGCAGAAGAUGUGCCCGAACCGCAAGACCGGCGCCACCGUCUACUACGACUACGACGAGGUGAACGCCCUGCAGCCAGGCUGCAUCCUCGGCUUCUCGGGCGAUGCCGGCUUCCUCGGCCAGGCAUCAAGUGUCACUGGGAACGGCACCUUCUUCCAGUACUGGAACCCGGUGAACCUCCCCGGCAACGCCCGCGUCAUCGCUACUGCCGUCCGCGAGCUCCUCAAUGAGACGGCACGCGACGCGGCCGCCGCGCCGAGGAGGUUCGCCACGGCGUUCAUGGACUCCAUUGGCGGCGCCGCCCCGACGCUCUACUCACUGGCGCAAUGCACGCCGGACCUGUCAGCCCGUGACUGCCUGGCGUGCCUCCGGCGGCUCGUCGGCACGGUCAACGCCACCAACUCCGUGCGCAUGGGAGGACGGAUCUUCGUGCUCCGCUGCAACAUCAGGUUCGAGGCCUUUAUGUUCUACGACGACAAAAGCACGCGGCGGAUUCCAUUUUCAUCUCCAUCAUCCAUGGCUCCGGCACCGGCGCCGGCCCCCACAGGACAUGGAAUCAGACCUUGGGUAAUAGCUUUAUCGGUAGCUGCUCCUGUAGCACUGGUUGCUCUCUGCUUCAUCGUUUACUGUUGUUGGCUUAGAAAAAGGCAAGCAAAAAAAGGUAAAGUGACUUUACACGAAAAAAGUACUCACCAGUUUCAAGGAGAUGAACUAGUUUGGGAAAUGGAAGCAGAGUUGUCUGAAUUUUCAGUAUAUGAGUUUCAUCAGAUAUUAGAGGCUACAAGUAACUUUUCUGAGGAAAACAAACUUGGCGAAGGUGGAUUUGGCCCAGUUUAUAAGGGCUACUUUCCUGAGGGAAUAGAGAUAGCAGUUAAGAGACUUGAUUCCGAUUCAGAUCAAGGUUUCAUAGAGUUCAAAAAUGAAGUUGAGCUCAUAGCCAAACUUCAACACAGAAAUUUGGUUAGACUCAUGGGAUGUUGCUCUCAAGGAGAAGAGAAAGUACUGGUCUACGAAUAUUUGCCAAACAAAAGCUUGGACUUCUUCAUCUUUGAUGAAGAUAGAAAAGUUCUACUAGAUUGGGAGAAGCGCUUUGCAAUAAUUGUAGGAAUAGCAGAAGGACUUCUUUACCUACAUAAGCACUCUAGGUUGCGUGUUAUACAUCGGGAUCUUAAACCAAGCAAUAUUCUUUUGGAUAGCACGAUGCAUGCCAAAAUUUCAGAUUUUGGACUAGCAAAAAUAUUUAGCUCAAAUAACAAUGAAGGAAAUAAAACGAGAAAGGUGGUUGGUACAUAUGGCUACAUGGCACCCGAGUAUGCUUCCCAUGGCCUCUUCUCUGUCAAAUCGGAUGUAUUCAGCUUUGGUGUUUUAGUUCUCGAGAUCAUUAGCGGGAAAAAGAAUUCCCAUGAGUGUGGAGCUUUCAUCAACCUCAUUGGAUAUGCUUGGCAAUUAUUUGAAGAGGAAAGAUGGAUCGAACUCGUUGAUGCGGCAUUGAUUCCCAACGGCGAUUCGUCAGAAAUGAUGAGGUCCAUUAACAUUGCAUUGUUGUGUGUACAAGAAGAUGCAAUUGAUCGACCGACCAUGUUGGAUGUUGUUGCAAUGCUAAGCAGCAAUACUAUGAUCUUAAAUAAGCCUAAGCACCCAGCAUAUUACAGUAUAAGUGUAGGCAACAAAGAAGCUUCUGAUUCUGCUAAGUCUUGUAGUUUUAAUGAUGUGACUAUAUCUACGAUAACUCCUAGAUAGUUUAUCUUCAUAUCAAUGUUAUUUUUACUUUGAUGUUGUAUAGAGCAUAAGUUUUAUGAAUUAUAUAUAGCUGGUUGUGUGCAUCAGAAUGAUGCAGAGGCCAGGGGCUUCAACCUCCCUUUUCGAUAAAAAAAAUGUAUUACAGUAUUUUGGUGUGUUGCAGAGGCAAUAUAGUGCAUAAGUUCUUAUC